AGCUGGGAGAAGAGGUUUUGGGGGACCUCAAGGGUUGGAAACCCCUAACGAGGUCUUUAACGUCGGUGUGAAUGAGACUCAGGGCCCUGCCCUUUAUGUUACUGUAUUUUUGAGGACUGUCUCCUUCUUAAAAGGGCACCCGUGCGGGUUGAAGAAAUAAAAAGAUUAACCAUUUUAUUUUAGGCACUGUUGUUGCCAUCGCUCACCGAACGUUUACUCAACACUUAUUGGAGCCCUGGCGGCAUGGUGGUUAAGAGAUCGGCUAUUAAACAAAAGGCUAGCAGUUCGAAUCCACCAGGCGCUCCUUAAAAACUCUGUGGGGCAGUUCUACUUUGUCCUAUGAGUCAGAAUCGACUGGACGGCAGUCGGUUUGGGUGUUGGUUUUUUUUUUUUUUUUACUGUGCCAUCGUAGUAGACACGGAACGAGCGUCCAGAACCGUAAAUGAGAUGCGCAGACACGUUUCCAGCUGGCUACUGUGCGGAGUACUAUCUGCUGAAAAGGGGUCUUUUACAAACUGCUUUGGUGGCCCAGAGGGAAAAGUGGUUAAGUGAGCAGUGGGCUCAAACCAGAAACUUUAAAGCUUUCUAGAUUUUUUUCCUCCUCAUCGCCUACAUUCAGCCAGUCGUAUCAGCCUCUUGAGUAUUUAAAAUCCAUAUACUUGUCGCCACUUUUACUGUCGUUACUUUAGUUCAACAUCGUGACUGCUGCAUAGCUGGGACAGUAAUCUCCCACUGGUUCUCAUUUCUUAGGUCUUGUUCUUUCCAAUCCAGUCUUCACAUGGCUAGGCUGAUAAAAGUGUAAAUCUGACUAGGACACUCCCUACGUAAAACCUUUUAGUCCCUCCUGUUUGCUGUCAGGUUUAAGUCAAAACGCCUUAACAAGGUGAACAGGCCCUUUCUUGUCUGUCCUUUGCCUGUCUCAUCAGCUUUGUUUUCCAUCAGUCUAGCCGUGGCCUCCAGCCAUACACAAUGUCUUUUGAGUCCCUCAGAUAAACCAUCCUUCCUCUCACCUCCAGACCCAUCCCCACUCCCAGCCUAACCAAUUCUUACUCAUUCCUUAGGUCUGCUUACAAAGUCUUUCAGGUUAAGAAGCCUUUCUUUACCCUGCAAGAUUGGGUCACACAGCACCCAGUACCUAUUUAUUCAUUUAGUUUUUAAGUACCUGUCGCCUCUGUGCCAGGAACUAGGUACUAGGAAUACAUUGGUGAACAAGAUAGGCAGAUUUCUGUCCUAACGGAACUUACCUUUUAUGGAUGGACUUAAGAAGAAGAAUAACGGGGGAUUUACUUGAGUUAGGUUGGUGUGGGAAGGCCUCUUUGAGGAGUUGAUGUUAAAAUUGAGACCUAAAAUAUGAGAAUGAUCCAGCCAUUCAGGAGAGGAAUGUACAUUCCAAACAGAGUGAAAAGAAUGUGCAAAGGCCCUGAGUCAGGAAAGAGCUAGGCAUCUUAGUGUUCGAGAAUCUAAGAAAAGACCAGAGACUCUGGGACAUACUUAAAGAAGACAAUUGUAUAACAUGAGUCUGGAGAGAUACCCCAGGUGGUGCAGUUGGGAGGCUAAUGGAGCAGCAUAAACAGGAGAUGACGGUGAUCUGAAUUAAGGUGGUGGUAGAAUAUAUGAGGGGUGGGGAGUAAAUGAGUUGCCAGAUAUGGAAAUAGACUCAGGACUUACUGUUGGGUGUGAUGUGGGAUGAGAGGGGAAGGAAGAAAUUAAGGAUGACUCCUAAGUAUUUGGCCUGAGUUACUGGUUAGACAUUAGUGUUAUUUACUGAGAUAGAGAAAAUUGAAGGGAAAGAGUUUUGGGAGGAAAUUAAGAACCUUUAUUUAAUAGGUUUUUCACCUAUUAAAACUGCAGAUGUCUAUGAGACAGGCAGUUGGGAUAUUCAAAUCUGGAGCUGAGGAUAGAGGUCAGGCAGGGCCCAAGAGAUAAAUUUAGAAAUCACCAGUCUAAAAGGAUAUUUAAAGUCAUGGUAAUUAAUGAUUGAGAUCUCUUAGGGAGAUAAUGUGAAAAAGAAGUGGCUUAGGGGAGGAAAAAACAAUAAAGGAGCCUGAGAAAGACCAGCCAGUGAGGUAGGAGAAGAGUGUCUCUUCAUAGCAGUUUAUUGCUAUUGCCUGUUUAGUAGUCUGUCUUUCUCAUAAAGCUGUAAGCCCCUUGAAGGUAGUAGAAUCAGUGUUUUAUUCCCUAUUCUAUCCCCAGUGCCUGACAUAGUAUGUACUCCAAUAUUUCUUUCUGAAUUGUUGAGAUGUUAAACUGUGGAGGAGUCUGGGUGAGAGCUGAUACGGGUCUGACCAGCUGCAAAGACUAUGGGAAAGAAAAGAACACAUCUCAAAGACACUUCUGGAGGUAGAAUCAAGAUUUAAGAUAGGUUAAAGCGCUAGGCUGCUAACUGAAAGGUGGAUGGAUAGUUUGAACCCACCAGCCGCUCUACAGGAGAAAGAUACGCCAGUCUACUUCCGUAAGGAUUUAGAGCCUUGGAAACCCUAUUGGAAAGUUCUGCUCUGUCCUGUGGGAUUGCACAACAGCAGUGGUUUUGUGGUAAGACCUGCUUUCAGGGCAGAACAUACAAAAAUGCCUGAACCCUUAGUACCUCUCCUAUUACACAAUGUUAAUAGCUUUGUAUCACGUCAUUGAUAGUUGUACAUUGUCUAUCUUAGCCAGUAAAUUAUAAACUUCUUGAACACAAGAGCCAGUUUUUUUCUUUCUCUGUCAUUGUGUUUACUUCCCCAUCCCUAGCACAGUAAUUUACAUGUCAUAAAUGCUGGUAGAUGAUAGAGUAAAUGAACAAACUGUGUGUUGUACUCACUAAGAUUUUCCUGGGUACUGUUUUCAAAGUGUUUUUCAUCAGUAUUUCUCCUCUCAUUUUAGGUUUUUUCUCUUCGCUUUUUAUUUAACUCCCUGUUUAUAGGAUUUUUAUAUUAAUGUCAGUAAAUUAUUUCUUAAAUACCUGUUAUGACUGCCUUUAGAAAAAUUAGAGUAUGCACCCUUACAGGAGACCAUUAGAUAGUGUUAAGAAGACAAUUCAAACAGCCACUCUUUCCGUAGCUGAGACCUCUUGGCCUAUAUAAUAUGAAAUAGGAAAUCUGAGAGCAACAAGUGACAAAGAGUUUCUUGUAAGGUAAGGCAAGAACAGUUUUGGGAUACAUGAAGAAAGAGAAAAAAGUUAGUUUUACCUACUUUUCCUUAUGUCAUUAGAACUGGAGACUAGUUUUUUAAAGGAGGAAUUUCAUCUUUUGGCUACAGAUUUGGGAGAAAAAAAAAAAAUGCAAACAGUUUCUUAAGCCAGAAUCUUGAAUGUACAGUUACAAAGACUGGUGUACUACUAAUGAGAAGCCAUGAGUUCCAGACCUGACUCCACCUGCCUUGUGACCCUUAGCAUUUAAUGUCUCUGACUGUCUCAGGUAAUGACGUAAAGCAUUUGGAGAACUGUAAACCAGUGAAGAAAUUAAGACCUACCUAGACUUGAUUUGAGUAAAUCAGACUAAUAAUGGAAAAGUACUUUGAGAACUGUAAAGCAUUAAAAAGAAAUUAUGAACCCAGCUGGAUUACAAGCUUCUUUAAGUUAUUCAUCAAACAUGAACUCACCAUACUAUGAGUCAAGCAACAGAGAAAAAGAAAGACAAAACAAACUAGGCCACAGUGUGAACAUAUGAAUAGGAGAAGAAAAUUUCUUCUUGCCUCUGUACUUGCCCUCCAGAAUUCGAGUUUUAUAUAUCCAUCGUGUCAAAAGUGCUUCUCUCGGAUAAUCCUAGGCUCCAAAAGGUCUCAUUGUCCAAAAUGUGGCUCUGUUGGCAAAGUUGAAAAUGCCAGUUACAGAUAUAAACUUUCCUUAAAAGUUGCAGAAUCAAACAAAUGGUUUGGCAUUACUGUAUUUGGGAGCUGUUUAGAUACAUUUUUUGGUCUUACUGCCACUGGUUUGCACAGGUACAUUGAAGAUCCUAAUGAAAUUCCAGAAACACUGGACAGUGAUACAACUCAGAACCUAUUAACUAAAGCAGCUGAGACUUGCUUUGUUGGACAAAGCUUUAUUUUUGGAGUGACGCAACGCCCUGACUGCAAGAGAGAAGUUAAAGCACUAGUGGCUUCCCAGAUUGUUCUGCCAGACCCACGUGUUGCCGGCUUCACUGUCAUUGACUACUUCCGUCAGCUUCUGCAGCCUUCCAACUUAGGGAAACUUCGUCAUGGCUCCCAGGCAAAUAGCUGUGUACUUGCUUUAGGUCACUCAGAUAGUGAUCUCAGCAGUAUAUGUGGCUCUGACAGUAGUUCUUAUUCUUUUAAGUCCCAUGGCAGAGAAAAUUUUUCAAGAUUCUGGCAGUCAUCACUUGAACUCAUUUCCAUUGUUUCAGAACCAACAGGUGAUGAUGAUCUUUCACCUUCAGAACAAAGCAAGGCCAAUGGUGCUCUUCACCAGAACAGAAAGUAUAUUUCCUUUACAGAGGUCACUAGUUCCAGUAGUUACCAUGAUCCCAUUCAGAGUUCAUGUGGUUUUGUCUUACAUGUGGAUAAAAAGAGUAAAGCAGAAAAGUCGGGUGAAGAACUUGGCUUGCAAGCUAAUCAGCUAAGUGUGGUUUGCAGCAGUCAUCACGAAGUUGGAGUUACUGACUGUAGCUUACUCUCUUUGAAAAUACAAGAGCCCCGUGAGCCAAGCAAUACAAAGUCCUUCCACAAUAUGGUGGAAAUCAAAAAUACGUAUUCCCAACCUGAGCUAACAUGGCGCCACCAUCACAGUGCAAAUGCCCCUUCUAGUCUCCAAGAGAGAGCCACGUGUUGUUCACCUUCAUCGCUGGGGCUUGGAGAGGUAGCUGGUGGUUCCCAGGAUUGUGACCCUGAGAAGUGGGAUGAUCUACCAUUCUCUGAAAGCCUCAACAAAUUUCUGGCAGCUAUCGAAAGUGAGAUUGCUAUAACUGAGACAGAUGCCAGUAGUAGGAAAUAUUAUCUAGAUCAUGACAUUGACAAAUUACGUGCAGACCACAGCCAGUUAUCUGUAACUCCCCAGAGAACUACUGGAGCCCUACAUACACCACCUCUAGCUUUGAGAUCAUCGCAAACAACAGUCAAAUCAAACUCGAGCAAAGAUAACUGCCCUUUCAAGUAUGAAGCAAAUCCAAGUCCGAGCACUCAAAAGGAGUCACAACCAGAUAACAUAGCAGAGACCAUCUCUCUAAGUGCUAAUGGAAGAGAUAUUCCUGAUUAUGUUCUAUCAAAUGCUUAUCUGUCAGCUUUGUUUUCAUCUUCAAAAGAUUUUGGAACAACAGUUACUCUUAAGAAGACCACCAGAAUCCAACCACAUACGGCCAAAAUUUCACCUAGGCCCAAUACAUCAGAGAGUAACCAUUCUUUUCUCAACAUCAAGUAUAUUAAUGGAGAAAAAUCACUUUCAGAAGUGAGUGAAAAGUUGACAAAUUUGUGUUCUAGGAAGUGUAAUGUUUCUGAUCUUUACAGCUUAGAAAAGAAGCAAUAUUAUAGGUGGCCAAAGAACCAAGAUGACAGUUUUACAAUUUGCAGGCAACUUACAUAUCCUUUAGAACCUUUUUGCAGUAGUCCAAAUACAAGUACAAAUACAUUGAAAGAAAUGCCUUAUGGACAUAGCAGUAAUAACAUAAUACAGAGAUAUUCUACUGGCCAUGAAGGAAGCUACAAUGCUUCUGCUGAUCUCUUUGAUGUCAGUGCUAAAGAAAUGGACGUUGCAACAGAAAUUACAAAAAAAUCACAGGAUAUUCCGUUAUACUCAGAAAAGUCUUUGGUAGAAAGUCAUCCUUCAGAAUCUGAUUUUUCACUGAGAUCACUUUCUGAAAACUCAAGCCAGUCAUCACAGAAAUUAGCCUUGCAAAGCAUACCUGCCUCUAUGUAUCCAAGACCAUGUUCUUCUCCCCCUCAUUUUCAGUCAGAUUCAGAAUAUGAUUUUGAAGAUAGCCAAGACUUUGUUCCGUAUUCACAGUCAACUCCAGUUGCAACAUACCACCAAACAAGAAUUCAUGGAAUGAUAGGAGCUUUUGAAAAAGUACCUGCCUUUUAUUCGGAUCUUGAUGCUAACUGUAAAAAUACAAGGAUUUCCUCUGAAAUUGACACGCAACAAGCUACCCCAAAUGGUCCACACAAUAAAAAAACACACAUCCAGAGAGCCAAAAGUUCUGUUCCAUCUGGUGUUACACAGCCAGUGGUUUCGAACCACUGUCCUAUCGCUGAGUACCUUGAGACUGAUAUUGAUGAAUGCAUUCCACCUACCACAAAAAAAGAAUUUUUUUUAGAUAAUCUUCAAUUCCAAACCAUGAAUGUAAGAAAGCGCCUUGCUGCCUGUUACUCCCCUGAUCAGAAAGAGUUACUAAGAAAGAAACCGAGACAUGUUAAACAGAGAAUGGAUAAAUGUUUAAUUAAGAAGGAGUUCAAGAAUAAGCUUACAGCAAUAGUUAGAAAGCAGAGAACUCCUAAAUAUAACUGUGAUCAUUCAGGCUGGGUUUCCAGAAAGUCAGUUAUUGAACUUGGCUCACGUUCAAAAGUCAAAUGUUGCCUUCCAUUUUCAGAAAAUUGGCCACCAUCAGUGCCUGAAACUAACUGCGCUUGGUCACCUGAAUUGUUUUCAUAAAAAAGUCACCUGAAUCCAAUUACUAAACUUCUUAAAAUUAUUCUGUAUGACUGACUGUUCCAUAGGUACCAAAAUCCUGUGUGGUAUUGUGGCCAGCCAGACCUUCUUUUCAGCUGCUGAUCUUUGAAGAGUCAAUAAACAUUUAUUUAUUGAGCACAUAUUUAUGUGACAAACUCUGUUAGAUUCUGUCAUUUAUUAAAAAUAGUAAGCAAAUUGUUUAUUGAUUUCCAGGGUGUUUACAUAGUGCUGUGCUAGGUUUAAGAUGGCUAUGCCCUCAAGAAGCUCACACUCUAAUAAAUGAUGUCACAU